AUGGCAACCGAAUUGAAAAAUGAGAGAGAAAGCAUGCCGCCGCAGAAACGGUUCCGACGCAACGAACAUGCUGAUCCUACGAAUCCUGCGCCAUCCCCUGUGGUUCAUGUCCGCAAUCUACAUCCAAAGGUAACUGAAGCGGAUUUGAUAGAAGCACUCGGGACGUUCGGUUUAAUUUCAUAUGUUACUGUGGUACCAGCACAAAGGAUGGCACUGGUAGAAUUUGAAGAUAUAAAAGCCGCUCGAGAUUGUGUAUCGUUUGCGGCGUCUAAUCUCAUAUUCGUUGCUGGAGAGGCAGCUUUGUUCAACUAUUCUACUUCGCAGAAUGUGCAACGAUCGGGAUUUGAAUCAGAGAACCCCUGCAAAGUGCUUGUCGUUACUGUGUACAACACGCAAUCACCCAUUGAUGUUCAUGUAUUCCAUCAAAUCUGCAAGCCGUAUGCGAAAGUUGUGAGGAUAGCAAUUGUUCGCAAAUCCGUUAUGCAAGCCCUAGUCGAGUUUGAGAGUGCCGAGGACGCGAGGAAAGUAAAGCAUGCAAUUAAUGGUGCCGAUAUCUAUUCAGGAUCUUGUACAUUGAAAGUUGAAUUCGCGAAGCAGGGAUAUGUGAAGAUCACUCGUCAAGAUGCAGACCAGUGGGACUACACCCUUCCUGAAGGGUUGCGUGGUUAUGAUCUAUGGCGUCGACCAAGAGAAGUUAAACUGCGAAAAGUUGUUCAACUUGUUAUGUCAAUAUGGAAAUGUUCUCAGACUAGCAAGAAAGACACAGCAAUGGCAGAACUUGGAACUCCUACGGCUGUGGAUAACGCUAUGAAGUAUUUGCAAGGGAUUACGUUAUUUGGAUUGACGCUGCAACUGAAGCGAAGCAUGCAAACUGCUGUGAAGGAUGUGACUGUCCCAUUCGAUCUUCCCGAUGGAUCCUCAGCGUUCCGUGAUUUUUCGAUGUUAGCUCUACAGCGCUUCUCAACACCAGAUGCAGCUGCUCGAAACCGGCUUAUAUUUCCUACAAAAGUGCUGCAUUUUUAUAAUGCUCCUGUGGAGAUGGAUGAACAGAAAAUAAGGGAGGCGAGUGUUCUUACAGGAGCAGUAUUUUCAAAACGCGGUGCUCCAGAGCUGAAGUCAGUGACAGUUUUUAUUGGACGAAGUGAUAGGUCAUCAUCAGGUUUUGUGGAAUUGGAGAGUGUCGAAAAGGCAAAUGAGGCUCUUGCCCUUGUUAACCAUGCCCCAAUUGUCAGCCCACAUGGAAAGACUCCGUAUAUUUUGAAGAUGGCCUACGCUGCUUCACGACAAUCCGAUGAUCCAUCGGGCGACGCAAACGGAGGUGAAGACGCAGCCGGGGGACCACCACGAGGAGGCCUUCGUGGGGGACUCCGGGGGAGUGGACGGUUUGUUAAAGUAUUAAUGUGUUUCUAUGCGUCAGCGUAUCGUGUCCCAUUCGAUCUUCCCGAUGGAUCCUCAGCGUUCCGUGAUUUUUCGAUGUUAGCUCUACAGCGCUUCUCAACACCAGAUGCAGCUGCUCGCGAAACCCGCUAUAUUUCGCUUACAAAAGUCUGUUCAUUUUUUAUAAGUCCUGUGGAGAUGGCAGAACAGAAAUAUAGGAGCGGCUUAUUCGCUCAGGUAUUUUCAAAACGCGGUGCUCCAGAGCUGAAGUCAGUGACAGUUUUUAUUGGACGAAGUGAUAGGUCAUCAUCAGGUUUUGUGGAAUUGGAGAGUGUCGAAAAGGCAAAUGAGGCUCUUGCCCUUGUUAACCAUGCCCCAAUUGUCAGCCCACAUGGAAAGACUCCGUAUAUUUUGAAGAUGGCCUACGCUGCUUCACGACAAUCCGAUGAUCCAUCGGGCGACGCAAACGGAGGUGAAGACGCAGCCGGGGGACCACCACGAGGAGGCCUUCGUGGGGGACUCCGGGGGAGUGGA